CCGGCGGGCGAGCGGGCGGUGAAACCGGCUGGGCGCGCGCAUGCGCGGCUCCGAUCCAUGGGGCCGCUGAGUGGGGCCGGCGCGGUGGGCGCGGGGGUGGCGGCCUUGUACGUGGCGGCCCUGCCCCUCGCCGUGCCCGGGGGAGACUCUGGGGAGCUGAUCACAGCCGCCUAUGAGCUUGGAGUUGCUCACCCCCCAGGCUAUCCUCUUUUCACUCUUUUGGCUAAACUGGCAAUUGAGCUGCUCCCUUUCGGCUCGGUCGCUUUCCGCGUGAACCUGCUCUGCGCUGUGCUCGGAGCCGCCGCAGCGCCAUUUUUCUUUUACACCGUGGCCAGGCAGCAAAUAAUUAAUGAAGUGCAGAUCCUCCGGGGAACAACGGCAGUUCAAGUGGCAAAUCUGUUUCCCCCCUCAGACAAUAGGCACCCUUCAGAAAGGAGCAGACCAUCUCUAUGGCUUUCUGGCAAGCAUGCUGCAGGAAUCUUUGCUGUGGGGAUGUUUUCGUUUUCUCGCCUCACAUGGCAGUGGUCCAUCACGGCAGAGGUUUUCAGCUUAAACAAUCUGUUUGUGGGGCUGCUGAUGGCUCUCUGCGUGCGCUUCCGGGAGGCUGCGACCGCCAAGGAGAGAUCAAAGAUCUGCAAAGCGGGCGCCUUCUGCUGCGGCCUCAGCUUGUGCAACCAGCACACCAUCGUCGUCUAUGUGAUUUGUGUCGCGCUGUGGGUUUUCUCCUGCUUGCUCAGGGAGAGGGAAUUGACCCUAGGCCACAUGCUAAAGUUGACUUUCUGCUUCCUGGCUGGCUGCCUGCCGUAUCUCUACCUACCUGCCUCUUCCUACCUCAACAAAGCGCGCUGGACCUGGGGAGACCAGACGACCCUUAAGGGAUUUACGACCCAUCUUCUCAGGGAAGAAUAUGGAACCUUCAAUUUGGCAAAAUUAGAGAAUGGAUCGAGUAUGGCUGAUAUAUUGCUUUUCCAAGUGUCUGACAUGAGGACGGAGCUCUCUGCCAUCACCCAAGCCCUUGCUAUCAUCGCGUGUUUGUGUGCAGCAGUGAGGCCCAAGGUGGAGAAGCCAAAUUUAGUCUGGCUGUUCACUUCAAUGCUCCUCGCCUAUUCGUUUUUCUUUGCUUGGAGAGCAAAUCUGGAUAUUUCAAAGCCGCUGUUUAAAGGAGUGGUCGAGCGAUUCUGGAUGCAGAGCAAUGCGGUGGUUGCUGUUCUAGCCGGCCUCGGUUUCUCCUCGCUUUUCGCUUUUGCAGAGCGGUUAGCUGAAAACAGGCGAGUUCUUCACUCCCUGGAAUGGCUUCUUGCUGCCGUUCUGGUUACCGGGCAAAUCUACUCUAAUUACAGCAUCUGUGACCAAAGCCGCAACUACGUCGUCGACUGCUUUGCGAGGAACCUUUUGUCCUCCAUGCCUCCGGAUGCCAUCGUCCUGCUGAGAGGGGACUUGCCCGGCAAUUCUCUCCGUUACCUCCAUUAUUGUGAGGGAGUGAGACCUGACGUUACCUUGGUGGACCAAGAAAUGAUGACUUACCACUGGUACUUACUGAAGAUGUCAAAACAUUUGCCUGGCGUCAUUUUUCCUGGGAACCGGUGGAAUCCUCUGGAAGGGACGCUGCCCGAUGGGACGACCACAUUUAAUCUCCAUCACUUUCUCAAAGUAAAUAAACACAAAGAAACCUUUGUCUGCAUUGGGCUCCACGAAGGUGACCCCACCUGGAAGAAAAGCCACUCCCUUUGGCCGUGGGGCUCUUGUGAGAAGCUGGUGCCUUCGGAAACUCCCUUCGACCCCGGAGAGUGGAUUGAGAGAACCAGAAACCUCUAUAACUGGAGCGAGGAAUAUGGGAGGUUGGAUUCAUCUUCAUGGGAGUUGGUGGCAAACGAAGAGAUGUGGCAAGCCAGGAUGAAGACAGCCUUCUUCAUUUUUGACCUAGCGGAAACGGCUCGUGUGUCUACGGAUGUGAAAGCCCAGCUUUAUACAUACGCUUACAAGCUAUACAAGGAGAUCGUCAGCACCCACAACGUGCACCCGGUCAACUGGCACAAGAACUACGCGAUUGCCUGCGAGAGGAUGUUGCACCUUCAGCCGGGAAGGGAAGACCCGGAACUGCUGUUGUCAGAAGCCAUCAAGCACUUCCUCCUUUACACGGAGAAAGCGGAAGACGAGCCCCAGCAGGGCAGCAUUUUGCAAGCUGUGAAACACCUGAAGAAGGAACUUCAGGGGUUGAGAGAAAUGAAGAAGGGUGGGGAGACUUUUCAGCAAGGCACAAAGUGAAGGAGCUGUGGACAACACAUAGAAAAUAACUCUUGGGGAAAUAAUGAAAUAUAAGAAGAUAAUGUAAGCUGAACAGUCUAUGGGUGGAAGUGAAGCCAAGCUCUUGGUUGCUUAAAAAAAAUGGGGAGAGAGAAGGGCCGGAUUUAGGAUUGAUGAGGCCCUAAGCUACUGAAGGUAAUGGGGCCCUUUAUAU